AUGGCUCGUCGCAUUUUUGUUAUCGGAGCCACAGGAGCUCAAGGUCUCCCCGUCUGUCGCGGUCUCACCAAAGACGGCGCAUACAGCCUACGAGUCCUCACUCGCGAUGCCAACUCAAAGCGCGCCCAGGAAUUAGCCAAGUUAGGCGAUGUUGAGUUCAUCGAAGGCUCAUUCGCCAACGAAGACAACCUCCGAAAGGGCUACGAAGGAUGCUGGGGCGCUUUCGUCAACAUUGACGGCUUCAACACUGGUGAAAAGACAGAGACUUACUGGACUAUUCGCUCUUACGAACUGGCAAUUGAGUCUGGUAUCAAGUUCUUUGUCUUUGGAAACUUGGACUAUGGAUAUAAGAAAAGUGGCUAUGAUCCCAAGUUCCGCUGUGGCCAUUAUGAUGGCAAAGGUCGAAUGGCGGAGUGGAUGUUGACCCAGAAAAAGACUCACAACAUGGGCACUGCCAUCUUCACUACGGCGCAGACGGUGAUGACGCCUCGUACUGUUGAGAGAGUCGUCACUUGGGCUGUUCCCCUCGCUGAUGGAGCUAUUCCUCAUGUCGCUCUCGAUGACUGCGAGCACUACGUCCGCUGGCUCUUUGAUAACCCCGAACGAUCGGAUGGAAUGGAUCUCGAGGUUGCCAUUGAUCACAUCAACUACCAUGAUCUAGCGAAGGCUUUCCAAAAAGUCACCGGCAAACCUGCUCAAUUCAUGGACAUCCCGAUUGAGACGUACUUCGAGCACAUUCCUUGGGCUAGCACCGCUCCAGCUGGAUACAAUGCUGAUCUUAAUGAUCCCGCGACCAUGACAUUUAAGCAGAACUUUACUGGUUUCUGGAAUAUGUGGCGACAUUCCGGAGGAAAUAAGGGCGUUGUUCAGAGAGAUUAUAAGCUGCUGGACGAGAUUCAUCCGAAUAGGAUUAAGACUGCGGAAGAGUUCUUCCGUAGAGAAGAGGAGAAGCGCAAGGCGCAGGGACUUCCUGGUAUCUUUGAGACGAUUGAGAGUGGGAAUUUGGGUAUGAUCCUCAAGUUAAGUGAGGAUGGUAGAAAGGGCAAGUUGUAG